AUGAGUGUGGCCAAGAAUUCACUGGGUAACAAGGAAAAUUCCAAUGAUGCUAUCGAUUGGGAUGAUAUGGUGUAUCAUCCAGCAUUCGGAGCAGAAAUUGAUCCCAAAGCAGGCUUACAUCCAGCUACUGAAGCUUUGCAAGCACUGAAAUAUGAAUCAGAAGAUCCAGAUGCUAAUGCUCGCAGUUACAAAGAAGAAGGGAAUUAUUAUUACAAGGGAAAAGACUUUUCUAAAGCGAUAUUGUCCUAUACAGGUGGCCUACGUGCAAAGUCAUCAGAUCGUAAAUUAAAUGCAAUAUUGUAUACCAAUAGAGCAGUAUGCCAUUUCUAUUUAAAGAAUUACCGAUCAUGUAUUCGUGAUUGUAAGUCUGCUGUUAGUUUGUCACCGGAUUAUGUUAAAGCUUAUGUAAAAGGAAUUGAAGCUUGCCUAGCACUUUCAAAAAUUGAUGAAGCUUUAGAAUUGUCAUCAACCGGCUUAAAUGUACUGCCUUCUUCUCCUGAAUUACUUGAAGUACAAUAUAAGGUUCUUAAAAAGCAAAUGGAACUAGAUAAGGAGGUUGAACAGCGAUCGAAAUUGGAUUGUAGAAAAGAAAAUGAUAUGAAUACUGAAUAUGAGAUUUUAAAGUCGCGUGGAAUUGAUGUUAAUCUCAAAUUAAAACCUAUUGAUAUGCCAGAAGUGGGUUGUUCCACGUUUUAUGUGGAUUCAUUGGGUAAAUUUCACUGGCCUAUUCUUUUUAUGUAUCCUGAAUUCGGACAAACUGAUUUCCUCCGUGAUGUAAUUGAAUCAAGCACGAUCAUUGAUUGUUUAAAGUUAGUUUUUGAUGUGAAUCAGCCUCCUCCGCUGUGGGAUCCGAAGGGCCUAUACUCCCUUGAAGAUGACGCUAUAGAGGUUUAUUUUGAACAUGAUAAAAUGAAAAAGUUUAUUCUUUGUUCACCACAAUGUACAAUCAAAAAAUUAACUAAACAAAAUGGAUUUAGUGUCCGCAGAGAUCUACUCAUUAUAUUACAUGUGAUAUCUAAACGAUCAACACAUUUCUAUAGUAGUUGGAAAGACGAGAAAAUUUAA